AUGGUGGAUACUGUAACAGAAAAUUGUUGCUGGAUUAGGCGUAAAUGAAGAUAAAGAGGGGGGAGCAGGAUGUAUACUCUGCUGUCUGGACUCUAUAAAUACAUGUUCCAGAGGGAUGAGUACUGCAUCUUGAUCCUUGGUUUGGACAAUGCUGGUAAAACCACCUUCCUUGAACAAACUAAAACUCGAUUUAACAAGAACUACAAAGGGAUGAGUUUGUCCAAAAUCACAACCACUGUAGGCUUAAACAUUGGUACUAUUGAUGUUGGCAAAACUCGGCUGAUGUUCUGGGAUCUUGGCGGACAGGAGGAGCUACAGUCUCUUUGGGACAAGUAUUACGCUGAAUCUCAUGGAGUGAUCUAUGUUAUUGACUCCACUGAUGAAGAGAGGCUCUCAGAAUCGAAAAGAGCUUUUGAGAAGAUGAUUACCAGUGAAGCUCUGGAAGGAGUUCCCAUUCUGGUGUUAGCUAACAAGCAGGAUGUAGAGACUUGUCUGUCAAUACCUGACAUCAAGACAGCGUUUAGUGACUGCAUUAACAAAAUUGGGAAGAGAGACUGCCUGACGCAGGCCUGCUCUGCUCUUACUGGCAAAGGAGUGAACGAGGGAAUUGAAUGGAUGGUGAAGUGCGUGGUGAGGAAUAUUCACCGGCCCCCAAGGAAGAAGGACAUCACGUAAGAAAUUCCAAGUCAGCCAAGGAAUGGACAGUUUUUUCCACACAGUUUUGUGUUCUCUUUAAAGAAGGUGGUCCACUGGAUUCCUAUUACACCUGAUUCUGUCC